UCCAAAACAAGUCAACAUGUUCACUGGAUCAAUGUGUCGAUAUCUUUUCCUUCAAGUGGUUUUGAUAGGCCUCUUCUGUCACAGAUGUAGUGGGGGAAAUGUUCUGUUGGUGCCAAUGCCAUUCUUUGAUAGCCACUGGUUCGGACUUGCCAAAAUCGGACAGGCUUUGGCGGGUAAAGGUCACACCGUCACAGUGGUUGUUCCAGUAGGCGUUGCGAAGGAACGACAUGCAGAGAGGCCGGAUUUUCAUUUUGAAACAUUUGAAGACCAGGGAACCGGAGCGCGAUUAAAGGAAAUACAAGAUAGGUACUUUACCGUAGCCGGGACAAUGUCUCUUUACCAGACCUUCAAACUUAACAUCCCUGGUAGCGUUUACAUUACGAAACACUGCGAUGUACUGCUCGGGAAUAGGGACCUUGCAAAUCGACUAAAAAAGCCCCAAUACGAUGUUGUAAUUUUUGACCCCAUUUUCCCGUGUGGCGCCAUACUUUCUGCCCUUAUAGAUCUCAGCGUUCCUCUCAUCGCUAUCUUCCGCGGAGAUCCUUACUUUUUAGGCGAAAGGGCUACGGGCGUACCUCUGCCUUCGUCUUACGUGCCCUUUUUUACUUCCGAUUUUACUGACCAAAUGACUUUUGCUGAGCGAGUACAAAAUGUCUUCUUGUCCACUCUUGCACCCAUGGUGUCAGGUUGGCUUGCACGUAAGACGUACGACGGGUUAGUCCGUAAGUACCUAGGAGAGGGACACACUAUCCAGAGUGUUACGGAACGUACGGACUUAUGGCUGCAUCGAACCGACAAUGUUCUGGACUUCCUCCGCCCUUCUAUGCCUAAUAUUGUUCAGAUAGGAGGGGUGAAUGUCCAGGCGGUCGCAUCUCUUCCAAAGGAACUGGAAGCUUUUGUUCAAAGUUCUUCAAAGCACGGAGUGAUUGUUGUGAGUUUCGGGUCGAUGUAUCGGACGUUGUCACCGGAGAAGACAGAAAUCUUUGCGGCAGCCUUCGCCCGUCUCCGUCAGAAGGUGUUGUGGCGGUACACGGGAGAGAAGCCGGCCGGGCUGGGUAACAACACCAAGCUGAUGGCCUGGCUGCCUCAGAACGACCUGCUGGGUCACCGUAAGACACGAGCCUUCGUCACUCACGCUGGUUAUAAUGGCUUGUGCGAGGCCCUGUACCACGGCGUACCCGUGGUCUGUCUGCCGCUGUACGGGGACCAGCCCGCUAACGCCGCCCGGGUCGUGGCCAGGGGACUGGGGGUGAAGUUGGACUUCGGCACGGUCACCGCCGACAAGUUAUAUCAGGCAGUUAUUCAUGUCCUCACCAACAACAGCCUUUCUCAAAAGUCAAAGCUGCCGUGGUACCAGUACUACCUGCUGGAUGUGGCUGUGUUCCUGUUGUCUGUCUGUACAGCUGUACUGGGGACCGUGUGGUACAGCUGUUCGUUCAUGUAUGGCGUCUGUUACAGUCAGAGUUCUGCCAAAAUAAAGAGUCAAUAGGCUACGACAUCCUUCUUGGUAGCAUGCCUGGAGAAAUAUAGGAGAUACAGGAGGAACCAAGAGAAUACAGGAGAAACCGGGAGAAUACAGGAAAAAAACAAGAGAAGCCGGGAGAAUAGAGGAGGAACCAAGAGAAUACAGGAGAAACCGGGAGAAUACAGGAGAAACCGGGAGAAUGAAGUAGGACACAGGAGAAACUGGACCAAGAAGUCGCGUCUGUGUCGGUCACUUGCUGGCUACUGGAAAUUGCUGUGGUCCCUAGGAUGUGAUAUUGAGCUGUGGAGCAUGUGGUCCCCUUUUCAUGGUACUUGUUAAAAUAGCUAGCGGAAGGAAGGA